AUGGCAGGCCUCGGAAUGAGCGUCGACUGGAAGUCGAAUCGAUGGGCCAUCGCCUACUGUUUAGUGGCUGCUAUCGGUGCCCUCUGCUACGGAUACGAUACAAUCUACUACACUGGAAUCCAGGGCAUGGAAUACUUCGCCAAGGACUACGGUGUGAAGACAGAGAACGGAUGGGAGCUUACAACGACCUUUUUGUCUCUGUCUGCUAGUAUCAUCUACGUGGGAGAGCUAGUUGGAGCCCUUGCUGCUGCUCCCAUCAAUGACCUUUUUGGCCGUCGUAUGGUGUUCCUGACGGCUUCCCUCUCCAUCAUCAUCGGAGCCAUCGUGCAAGUUUGUUCAUUUGGUUCUGACCCCGUCUUCUAUGUCAGUCGUGUUUUGAUUGGUCUCGGUAUCGGUCAAUUCACUGCUACCUGUCUGAUGUACAUUGGAGAGGUGGCACCCUCAGCUAUCAGAGGACCGGCUCUUAUGUCCUUCCAGUUCAUGCAGUCCAUCUCGCAGCUGGUCGGAGCCUGUGUCAACCAGGGUACUGAAGGUAUCAAGAGCGCCGAGUCCUACCGCAUCCCCAUGUGUUUGCUGGUUGUUCUCCCCGGUAUCAUGUUGUUGUGUCUUCCUUUCACACCUGAAAGCCCAGUCUGGUACAUGUACAAGAACAAGCGUGAGCAGGCCAUCAAGGCUCUCCGCAAAAUCAACCGCAGUGCUCGCGACUAUGAUCACGCCAUGGACCUGCAGGUCAUCGACGACCAAGUCCAAAUGGACCGCGAAAUGGCCAAGGACGCUUCCUGGAAGUCUCUUCUCACCGACCCCGUCGAGCGUCGCAAGCUUUUCUAUGCUUGCGGUGUCAUGUUCGUUCAGCAGAUCAACGGUAUUCAGUUCUGGUACACCUAUGGAGUUGUCUUCGCCCAGUCUAUCGGCGUCGCCGACCCCUUCACCAUCAACACCAUCAUCUACGUCCUGCAGAUCAUCACCGUCGGUGUCUCAGUCGUCUUCGGCAACAAGAUUAAGCGCCGCAACAACCUUCUCGUCUGUUCGGCAGGUAUUUUCAUCUCCCUCAUUGCCGUCGGUGGUCUCGGCACUACCCGCGCUGCGGACGGCUCCUUCAGCCGCGGCAUCGGCAUCGGUAUCGUCGUCCUUGCCUACAUCAACAUCAUCUUCUACAACUUCUCGAUCGGUACCCUUUCCUACUCCAUCGCAUCGGAAGUCUCCGUCGGCCGCAACCGAAACAAGAUCACUUCCUGCGCCAUGGCCACCUUCUUCCUCACAGUUUGGCUCAUGGUUUUCACCAGCCCCUACAUGUACUACACUGGUGACCUUGGUCCCAAGAUUGGUUUUGUCUACGGAGGAACCACCCUUCUCUUGCUCGCUUUCUCCUGGUUCUGUGUCGGUGAGACCGCCGGUCGCACCAACGCUGAAAUCGAGAGACUCUUCCAAGACCGCGUCCCUGUCCGCGAGUGGGCCACUUACGUUAUUCCUUCGGAUGAUGUGACCUAUGUUAAGAACAAGGGCGCCGAAGACGAGCAGAUUGAGAUGGCAUGA